AUGGCUAUUAACAAAUCCAUUUUACUAAUAGGAUUUUUUUGUUUGGCCCUUUUUAUGAUAUCAAGUGAAGCAGCUGAUGUUGUCCUUUUAGGACCAUGUGAUCAAUUCCCAGAUUGUAAUGCAGCUUGUGUUGAGAAGGGAUUUCAGAGUGGAACUUGUACUAAAAUUAGUGGUGAUAGGGCAAGCAUGGGAUUUGCUAGAGUUUUUGUUAGUGGAGCAUUCAGACCCUUCAAGCAAAUAACAAAUCGACACCUGGCGACGGCCUUUAAAGAUGAGGCUCAUAAAACAGUACAAAAGGGUGCAGAUGCAAUGAAACAGGGAGCUGAUGUUGCCAAGAGAGCCAGCCAAGAAGUGAAAAAUGAGACUGCCUCUGUUGCUGAUCAGGCGAUGAGCAAGACGAAAGCAGUGGGAGGUAUGGUGGCGGACACAGCACAAGACAUAGCUGGAAAAGCAAAAAACACAGCACACCAAACAUGGGAAUCAGUUAAAGAAACAACCCAGAAAUUGAAAGAUACUGUGAAGGAGAAAGCUGAAGAAUCCACAGAGGCUAUAAAAAAUAAUGUCAGUAAGGGCAUGAACUCCAAGAACUGA